AAUACAGUGACUCAGAGCUAUGAAACAGGAUGUACUCUCUAUGAUUACGAAGUCAAAGUCUGUGGCUCCCUUGAAGGUUAAUAGUAAAGUUGUGCCUCAAUUGAGCAAGGAUCUAACAACUUCACUAUCACAGACCCAUAGAAUAACAUUGGUGGAUGAAUACCUCAUAAAAAUACAUCCUUCAAAGAAACCGGCUGUGGAUAAAGCAGCUCAAAUCACUGCAUUUGACUUGGAUGGAACCCUUAUAGAUACCAAAUCUGGCUCAAAGUUCUCGAGAGGUCCAACGGAUUGGAAAUGGUUUAACGAUAAAGUCGUACCAAAGUUGUUGGAGUUGCAAACACCAAUUGUGAUAUUCACCAAUCAAGGAGCAGUUGUUGGGCAGAAAACAGCAAAGUCUUAUGUCAAUUUCACUUCGAAGAUCAAGCUGAUAUUACAAGAACUGGAGAAGAAAGGUUUGGAUAUGGGUAACUUGUGGAUAUUUGCAAGCCCAAAGAAGAGUGCCAAAUAUCAAGGUCCAAAUGCACACAUGUUUGAAGAGAUGAGGAAACCACGCACAGGAAUGUUCAAUCAACUCUUAAAAGAGCUGGAUUCGGUCGAUAGAAGUGUUAGUGUCUUUGUAGGUGAUGCUGCAGGGAGAAAAGGGGACUUUAGCGAUAGUGAUAAGCAAUUUGCUGAAAACUGUGGUUUACAAUUCCAAACUCCAGAGGAGUUCUUUACAUAAUAGCUAG